UCGUCUUCAUUUUGCUUUUAUUAUUUGGAAGUUGUUGUUUGAAAUAUUGUUUAAAGAGCAAUCCUUAGGAGUUUAAAUAUUUCGACUUAUUUGGCAAAAGAAUAUUUCGAGGAACUGAAUUAGGUGUUUUCACGAUUUUCAGAGACAAGCUAAAAUCAAAAUUCCAACAAAAGAAAUGGGGGACUACAAACAACUUAAUAAGGAUUUAAUAGAUGCCAAUCGGGAACUGAAACAAACAAUAGCUGCAUACCAAAGGGAGUUGAAUUCAAUGCGCGCCGAACUAAUAGAGCAUCAUCGCUUAAGAAUAGAAUCAGAGCGCGAUUGCCGCGAUCGCAUGCUCUCAUUUGCGACAAAGAAUUUUAAAAAUUUUCUAUCUUCUUUACGAGAGAUUGAUACAAAUAUAAAUGUAAUGGAUUUACUGGGUUAUGAUAAUUGUGUACAGAAUGGAAGUUAUAAUGUUGGCGUAAGUUGCCAAAGUGAUAGCACUCGUGCAAGUCGUAGAAGCAUCCACCUUGCAAAGGAAUUUCGUCGCUCCAGUGCGCUGUGCCGUCAACAUAGUGUAUUGCAAAUAUCACCAACACGACGACAUAACGCGGACAAUGCGAUAAACGAUGAAACCGAGAUGGAGGCAGUUAGUGAGCAAAGCGGCAGCGAUAUGGAUUUGGAAAACUCAAUGAGUGAAGAAAAUGUAAUAGAUGUUGAAAAUGACCAGACUGGCGAAAAUGAAGAGUUACGUUGCAUAAGGGAAACCAAUGAAGAAGAAUCUGAAGAUGAGAUUGCUAUGCACAGAAGUGGUGAAGGUCCAACAUUUAUGAGACAGCCCAUAAAAAAUCUAACAAAUUUGGAUAUGGAAGAUAGACAACCGAAAGCAAAUAUUGUAACAAAACGCGGUAAACACCAUCAUAGACGAAGCGACAUUGAAAACUCGAUUGAAGUUGCACGUAAUAUUGGGCAGGAUUCUACAUAUACGCCGUCAAGUUAUGUGAACGAAAUAGAGGUGGAAGAUAACUUGGUCGCUUCAAUGCACCGUUCUUUGCAUCUAUCACAUAGCACAUACAAUAUGCGCGAAUUAAACGAGCAAUGUGAUGCAGGAAAGGACUCCCCUUCACUUAAUAUAGACGAAUUUAACCGGCCUCUUAUGGUUCGAGUGCAUCGAAUACGUGAGCCAUCGCAUAUUGGGGUUCACUUCGAGAAUGAAGAACACACAAUUACAACAAAGUCUUUGUUGUGUGAGCAUUUGUUAGAAACCGGAAAGAACGGAGAGCUUAGUUUGGGUUUAACCGAAUUUUCAAUGGGCAAUUUUAUGGACGCACCAUGCAGUACACCUUGUCACAGCAUAGCAGCAGCGGUGGCCGCUGCAAUAACGGAAGAAACUAAUAAUUCAUCCUCCGUCAGCCCAUUGUCGCAGACCACAAGCCAGAGUACGCGACCAUCACGAAGAUGUGCGCCAAAAGCAUUGGCAGAACCAAGUUUAAGAGAUAAGCUUCGCAGCGAUAGUGGCAAGAGAAGAGCCACAUCAAAAAAACGUUGAAUAGUAUAUUUGUUCAUUAAAAACAACAGUACAAUGCUCAAAAUAUGAAUAUUUACGUAGUAAAUAGUUUAAUUUGCAUUAUUUAAUUUUCUUGAUAAAUUUAAUAAAAAGUUUUCACAUCUGCUCUUUAAAUGUAUGGUGGAGUAAAAAAACGAAUAUAACUGAAGUUUU